UCGCCUCAACAGACGCUUGGCGAGCCGGCGCCGGGAGCGACGCUGCGCGGGUGUCCGCGGCCGGGCUGGGACGAGGCGGCGGCGGCGGCGGCGGCGGCGCGGGCCGGGCGCGGGCGGUUUUUUUCUCGCGGUGCGGCCGCCCAGGCUCCCCGGAAGCGGCGUGGGGUCGUGAAUGCUCGGGGGGCGCAGCCAGGCCUGCGUGGGCCCGAGGCCGCAGGAAGCGGGGCCCCGGCGUCGCGGUACUGAAACAACAGCGUCUGUCUUGAAGGCACUAGCACUUCCUGCCAUUGUAAACAGAUUCUUACAGAAGUCUGUUCAUUCUACUUUUUGAGCACUUAUGAAUAACCACGCAUCUUCCAAACCUUCUACCAUGAAGCUGAAACAGACCAUCAACCCUAUUCUUCUAUAUUUCAUACAUUUUGUGAUAUCACUUUAUACUUUUUUAACAUACAUCCCGUACUAUUUUUUGUCUGAGUCGAGACAAGAAAAAUCAAACCAGAUCAAAGCCAAACCUGUGAACUCAAAGCCCGGGUCUGCCUACAGGUCCGUCCACAGCUUGGGCGGCUUGGCCUCCGUGCUGUACCCUGGCUGUGACACGCUGGACAGAGUCUUCCUGUACGCUAAAGACAAGUUCAAGGACAAGAGACUCUUAGGAACCCGUGAAAUUUUAAGCGAGGAAGACGAAGUACAACCAAAUGGAAAAAUUUUUAAAAAGGUGAUUCUUGGACACUAUAAUUGGCUCUCCUAUGAAGAUGUCUUCGUUAAAGCUUUUAAUUUUGGAAAUGGCUUACAGAUGUUGGGCCAGAAACCGAAGACAAACAUUGCCAUCUUCUGUGAAACCAGGGCUGAAUGGCUGAUCGCUGCGCAGGCGUGCUUCAUGUAUAAUUUUCAGCUUGUGACUUUGUAUGCUACGCUAGGAGGUCCGGCAAUUGUCCACGGAUUAAAUGAAACAGAGGUGACCAACAUCAUUACUAGUAAAGAGCUUUUGCAAACAAAGUUGAAGGGUAUCGUUUCUUUAGUCCCACGCCUGCGGCACAUCAUCACGGUGGAUGGGAAGCCCCCGACCUGGUCCGAGUUCCCCAAGGGCGUCAUCGUGCACACCAUGGCUGCCGUGCAGGCCCUGGGAGCAAAGGCCACCGUGGAAGACAGCCCUCAGAACAAGCCAGUGCCUUCAGAUAUCGCGGUGAUCAUGUACACGAGUGGGUCCACGGGUCUCCCGAAGGGGGUGAUGAUUUCUCACAGCAACCUCAUUGCCGGCAUCACUGGGAUGGCGGAAAGAAUCCCAAGACUGGGAGAGGACGAUGUUUACAUUGGAUAUUUGCCUCUGGCUCAUGUUUUAGAAUUAAGUGCUGAGCUUGUCUGUCUCUCUCACGGAUGCCGCAUUGGCUACUCUUCACCACAGACUUUAGCAGAUCAGUCCACAAAAAUCAAAAAAGGGAGCAGAGGGGACACCUCUAUGUUGAGACCAACGUUGAUGGCAGCCGUUCCGGAAAUCAUGGAUCGAAUCUAUAAAAACGUCAUGAAUAAAGUAAAUGAAAUGAGUAGUUUCCAACGCAAUCUGUUCAUUCUGGCCUAUAACUACAAAAUGGAGCAGAUUUCAAGAGGACACAGCACUCCACUGUGUGACAGAUUUGUUUUCCGGAAGGUUCGAAGCUUGCUAGGUGGAAAUGUCCGGCUUCUGUUGUGUGGAGGUGCUCCGCUUUCUGCAACCACACAGCGAUUCAUGAAUAUCUGUUUCUGCUGCUCUGUUGGUCAGGGAUAUGGGCUCACUGAAUCUUCUGGCGCUGGGACAAUCACAGAAGUGUGGGACUAUAACACCGGCAGAGUGGGAGCACCAUUAGUUUGCUGUGAAAUCAAAUUAAAGAACUGGGAGGAAGGUGGAUACUUUAACACUGAUAAGCCACACCCCAGGGGAGAGAUUCUGAUUGGCGGCCAGAAUGUGACAAUGGGGUAUUACAAAAAUGAAGCCAAAACAAAAGCUGAUUUCUUUGAAGACGAGAAUGGACAGAGGUGGCUCUCUACUGGAGACAUCGGGGAGUUUGACCCAGAUGGCUGUCUGAAGAUUAUUGAUCGUAAGAAGGACCUUGUCAAGCUGCAGGCUGGAGAAUAUGUCUCUCUUGGGAAAGUAGAGGCAGCUUUGAAGAAUCUCUCGCUAAUAGAUAACAUCUGUGCAUAUGCAAACAGCUAUCAUUCCUACGUCAUCGGGUUUGUUGUGCCAAACCAGAAAGAGCUAACAGAACUGGCUCAGAAGAAAGGACUUAAGGGGACUUGGGAGGAGCUUUGUAACAGUUGUGAAAUGGAAAACGAGGUACUAAAAGUGCUCUCUGAAGCCGCUAUUUCAGCAAGCCUGGAGAAGUUUGAAAUUCCAGUCAAAAUUCGUUUGAGCCCGGAACCGUGGACCCCUGAAACUGGUCUGGUGACAGAUGCCUUCAAGCUGAAACGCAAAGAGCUUAAAACACACUACCAGGCGGACAUUGAGCGCAUGUAUGGGAGGAAGUAAAGGUUCUCUCUCUGCGUCCUUUGCUACAGGGAGCUCUGAUCAAAUAGGAAAAUACUUGAAAUGCAUGUCUUGAACCGUGAGGCAACUCCACUCCUCAUAUUAAACCUGAACUGUUACUUCUCACGACACCACCAUUUUUAACUGACAGGAUUAGUAAAAUAGUAAGACAGCAAACCCAUGUCUGUCUCGUCUCCUUCCCCUUCUCCAAGUUACUACACCACCUAGGACUGCACCUGUCAGCAUGAGAACUCUGAAUUCUACUGCGGAACAGUGAUCUUAAGACCUCAAGUUUUUCAAACAUGAUUUCUAUGUUCUGUAUAAUGUUCAGUUUGUAACUUUUUAAAAGUUUGGAUGUAUAGAGGGAUAAAUAGGAAAAACAAGAGUUGGUUAUUGGGGGCUUUUUUACUUACAGUAUUUAAAAAUGCAAGGGUAUGGCUGUGAAAUUAUGUAAAUUUCAAAUGGUUAUAAGUCAAAUCAUUGUUGAACAAAAUAUUUGUUGCUGUGUAAUUUUAUUGUCUUGUAUGCAUUUAAGAGAAAUAAAUAUACCCAUGCUUAUGUUUUAAGAAA